CCCAAAAAGAUGGGACUCCAAGCUGUCAGCAGGGCGCUUUCUCUCUGUUUUUUCUUUCCCCCCCUCUCUCUCUGUCUCUCUGUUUCUCUCUCUCUCUCUCUCUCUCUUAAAAGGUCGAAAUUCGCCGCCUCUCAGCCACUUCCUCUUCUCCUCUCUCUCUCUCUCUCUCUUCCUCCUAGUUUGGGCUAAAACCUCACCACCUUCUUUCUAAAACCCUCUUUAUUUUUUUUUUCGUAUUUUUAUAUUGGAAAAUAAUUACUCGAAUUGAUUAUUAUAGUUACUUUGUUAUUUUAUCGAACACCUUUGCUGCAGUUUGAGAAGCUUUUGCCUUAUUGGUGAGAAGGAGGUGAAAUGGCUGGAAAGUCGAACAAAGGGAGGAACCGGAGAGGGUCAAAUAAUGCUGCUACUAAUUCUUCUGAGUCAGUUGUCUCGUCCAAUGCUUCUAAUAAAGAAUCUAAAGAUAACUUAAGUGCUUCAGAGCCCAUUAAAGAUGAUGCUAAUGGUGUACCUGUUGCGGUUGAGUCAACUGAUACCCAGCCUGAGGUAAAGGAGGUUGAACCAGAAAAUUCAGCAAGCCAAACUAAGCAAGGUGAUCUUCAUCUUUUCCCCGUCUCUGUCAAAACACAAAGCAGCGAGAAACUUGAGCUGCAACUGAACCCGGGAGAUUCAGUAAUGGAUAUUAGACAAUUUCUUCUUGACGCUCCUGAGACAUGUUUCUUCACUUGCUAUGACUUAUUGCUGCACACAAAAGAUGGUUCCACUCAUCAUCUGGAGGAUUUUAAUGAAAUUUCUGAAGUAGCUGACAUAACUAGUGGUGGAUGCUCCUUGGAGAUGGUUCCUGCUUUAUAUGAUGAUAGAUCCAUAAGGGCUCAUGUUUAUCGAACAAGAGAAUUGCUUUCCCUUUCCACACUCCAUGCAUCAGUAUCAACAUCGCUUGCAUUACAGCAUGAGAUGGCACAGAAUAAAGCAACAAGUCCAGGAGAUACCACAAAAACAGAUGUACUGGAGCUUGAUGGUUUGGGUUUUAUGGAAGAUGUUACUGGUUCACUGGGUAAUUUGCUGUCAUCAUCCUUGAAAGAGAUUAAAUGCGUGGAGAGUAUUGUGUUUUCAUCCUUCAAUCCUCCUCCAAGCUAUAGAAGGCUUGUUGGAGAUUUGAUUUAUUUGGAUGUAGUAACAUUAGAGGGCAAUAAGUUUUGCAUUACUGGAACAACAAAGAUGUUUUAUGUGAACUCAAGCACUGGGAAUACCCUUGACCCCAGGCCGAGUAAAACAAAUUUUGAAGCUACUACCCUUGUUGGACUCUUGCAAAAAAUCAGCUCCAAGUUUAAAAAGGCUUUUCGGGAAGUUUUGGAGCGGAGGGCUUCUUCUCAUCCUUUUGAAAAUGUUCAAUCUUUGCUGCCACCUAAUUCAUGGCUUGGAUUGUAUCCCGUUCCUGAUCACAAACGUGAUGCAGCAAGAGCAGAGGAUGCUUUGAUUCUUUCAUAUGGCAGUGAACUGAUUGGUAUGCAAAGAGAUUGGAAUGAGGAGUUGCAAUCAUGUCGUGAAUUUCCCCAUACAAAUCCUCAGGAAAGGAUUCUGCGUGAUAGAGCUCUCUACAAAGUGACUUCAGACUUUGUUGAUGCUGCAGUUAGUGGUGCUAUUGGAGUCAUCAACCGAUGCAUACCUCCUAUAAAUCCAACUGAUCCAGAGUGCUUUCACAUGUAUGUUCACAAUAAUAUAUUCUUUAGUUUUGCUGUUGACGGGGACCUUGAACAGCUAUCCAAGAAAUGUGUGUCAGAUAAUAAGCUGAAGAAUGUGAGCAAUGACUCUUUGCCUGAAAAGGCUUUCAGUGGUUCAUUGCAUGGAGAUAGCGGUCUUCCCAAUGGGGAAAAAUGUGAUAGAUCAUGUACAGGGGAACAUAAUAGUGUCACAGAAUUGGCUCCUGAUGCGUCUGCUGAGGCACCAUCUGCUGAGACUGAGCAAGCUACAUAUGCUUCUGCAAACAAUGAUUUGAAAGGCACUAAGGCAUACCAGGAAGCUGAUGUUCCAGGCCUUUAUAAUCUUGCAAUGGCAAUAAUUGAUUACAGAGGUCAUAGGGUAGUAGCUCAGAGUGUUUUACCAGGCAUUCUUCAAGGGGAUAAAUCAGAAUCUCUUUUGUACGGUUCUGUUGACAAUGGCAAGAAAAUAAACUGGAAUGAAGAUUUUCAUUUGAAGGUGGUUGAGGCUGCAAAACGCCUUCAUCUGAAGGAGCACACAGUCCAUGAUGGAUCUGGAAAUGUUUUCAAGUUAGCUGCACCAGUGGAAUGCAAGGGUAUUGUUGGCAGUGAUGACAGGCAUUAUCUCCUUGACUUGAUGAGAGUCACUCCUCGUGAUGCAAACUACACUGGACCUGGGUCUCGAUUUUGUAUCUUGAGACCAGAAUUAAUUACAGCUUUUUGCCAGGCCAAAGCGACAGAGAGAUCCAAAACUAAGUCCACAUCUCAAGGAGAUGCUCAUACUGCCAGUAAUUCUCCAAAUGUUGAUGGUGAAAUACAGGAUAUAACAAAAGAAGAGAACACUGAAGAUGUUCAAGAAUGUGCUUCUGCACCUGCUGAAAGCUUUGAAUCACAGGAGGGGAUUCUUUUCAACCCUAACAUCUUCACUGAGUUUAAAUUAGCUGGAAAUCAUGAGGAGAUUGCAGCUGAUGAAGAAAAUGUGAGAAAAGCUAGUUCGUACCUAACUGAUGUUGUGCUUCCAAAAUUUAUACAAGAUCUUUGCACACUUGAAGUAUCACCUAUGGAUGGCCAGACACUAACUGAAGCACUCCAUGCUCAUGGCAUUAAUGUUCGCUAUAUUGGAAAAGUGGCUGAUGGGACCAGACAUUUACCUCACCUCUGGGAUCUCUGUUCUAGUGAGAUUGUGGUCAGGUCUGCCAAGCACAUCUUCAAGGCUGUUUUGAGAGAUACAGAGGAUCAUGAUCUUGGACCAGCAAUCUCGCAUUUCUUCAACUGUUUCUUUGGAAGUUGUAGUGCUGUUGCCUCAAAAGUCUCUGCUAACAGUGUGCAGUCUAGAACUCCAAAAAAAGACCAAAUGGGCCAUCAAUCUCCGGGAAAACAUUCUAGGGGACAAGCAAGAUGGAAAGGCGGAGCUUCUGCUAGGAAAAAUCAAUCCUCAUAUAUGAAUAUUAGCUCUGAAUCUCUAUGGUUGGACAUUCAAGAAUUUGCGAGGGUCAAAUAUCAGUUUGAGUUACCAGAGCAUGUGAGGACACAAAUAAAGAAAAUUUCUGUAAUCCGUAAUCUUUGCCAAAAGGUAGGAAUUACAAUUGCAGCUCGCAGAUAUGAUCUUAAUUCCACGGCACCUUUCCAAACAUCAGAUGUAUUGAAUCUCCAACCUGUAGUUAAGCAUUCAGUUCCUGUGUGUUCAGAAGCUAAAGAUCUUGUGGAAACAGGAAAGGUCCAAUUGGCUGAGGGAAUGCUUAGUGAAGCCUAUACAUUGUUUUCUGAGGCGUUUUCAAUUCUUCAGCAGGUUACUGGUCCAAUGCAUAGGGAGGUUGCUAACUGCUGUCGGUAUCUCGCGAUGGUUUUAUACCAUGCAGGAGACAUGGCUGGAGCCAUAAUGCAACAGCACAAGGAACUGAUCAUAAAUGAACGUUGCUUGGGUUUGGACCACCCUGACACCGCUCACAGUUAUGGCAAUAUGGCUCUUUUCUAUCAUGGACUUAACCAAACGGAACUUGCCUUAAGGCAUAUGUCCCGAGCAUUACUCCUGCUAAGCUUGUCAUCUGGACCAGAUCACCCUGAUGUUGCUGCAACUUUUAUAAAUGUUGCAAUGAUGUACCAGGAUAUUGGGAAGAUGAACACAGCACUUCGAUAUCUGCAAGAGGCCUUGAAAAAGAAUGAGAGGCUUUUAGGCGAGGAACAUAUCCAAACUGCUGUAUGCUAUCAUGCCCUUGCCAUUGCAUUCAAUUGCAUGGGUGCCUUCAAGCUUUCUCACCAGCAUGAGAAGAGAACCUAUGAUAUACUUGUCAAACAACUUGGAGAGGAGGAUUCAAGGACACGUGACUCUCAAAACUGGAUGAAGACAUUUAAGAUGCGUGAGCUACAGUUAAAUGCACAAAAACAAAAAGGCCAAGCCUUGAAUGCUGCUUCUGCUCAGAAGGCUAUUGAUAUUCUGAAGGCCAAUCCUGACUUGAUACAAGCAUUCCAAGCUGCUGCUAUAGCUGGAGGAUCUGGGAAUUCCACUACUUCUGUUAACAAAUCUCUCAAUGCUGCGGUUAUUGGUGAAACUCUUCCCCGGGGGAGGGGAUUUGAUGAAAGGGCUGCUCGUGCAGCUGCUGAAAUCAGAAAGAAAGCAGCAGCAAAGGGUCUCUUAAUUCGCCCUCAUGGUGUUCCAGUCCAAGCUUUGCCCCCAAUUACUCAGCUCCUUAAUAUCAUCAAUUCAGGUGCUACCCAAGAAGCAGUGGAUGAUGGAGAAGCAAAUGGACCAAAGGAAUCCGAUGGCCUUUCAUCAAAUGGUUCUGUCGAUGCAAGUAAAGACCAGUCACAGCCAGAGCAAGAGGGUCAGGCUCCUGUUGGAUUGGGCAAAGGCCUUGCUUCAUUGGACAGCAAGAAACAAAAAUCAAAGGCCAAAGUUGCAGCUUGAAUUUUUGAAGCAGUGAUUUAGUUGAUCGGAAACAAAACAAGAAUAUAAAUUUGUUUGUGCGCUUUGGUCAUUUUCCUUUUUCUAUGGUUCAAGUUGCAAUUUUUUUCGAUCAUCUCGAGGAAGAGUACCUCGCCGCCUCAGCCUCAGAAGCUAUUAAGAGAGUUGAGAUGAGCAUUGCACCCAUAAAAUUUCCCCAGUUUUGGGUUUUUGUUUGGCACUCAGGCUGGUAGGUUGGCUCAGGGAGCAGGCAGGCAAUCUCUGUUGCAAGUAGGUUUAAUGUAGUAAUGCUUGUAGCAAUUUUUCCUUUAUAAAUUUGGGUAUUCCAUAAAGCCAUAAUCUGAAACAAUCUCAGCGCAACUUCAUUGUUUUCCAUGUGAAACAAUAUAAUUCAUAAUCGGGUUGAGUUUAAUUACAUAAAAUGUAAUAGUUACUCCCAUCUUUUUUCUUUAUUUAAAAGAUGCGAUUGAUUCAGAUUAAGUAUGACCAGCAAUAAGAAGAUAUCCUUGGUCUUGGUCUUGUUUCUCUCAUA